UUUGAAAGUCUCUUGAAAAUCGGCUUCCAGCCUGUGCGCAUCGAAGCAAAAACCUCUGUGCAAAUCUUUGCAGAUCGCUUGGGUUUGCUCGAUUCAAACUCAACUGUAAGUUUCUUGUAGAUUUGGAGGUGAAUUUUUGGAAUUGUGAGGACUAGAAAAUGAGUGUGAUCGAUAUUCUGACUCGUGUGGAUUCCAUCUGCAAGAAGUACGACAAAUACGAUGUGACGCAGAAAGACUCUAAUGUCUCCGGCGACGACGCAUUCGCUCGGCUCUACGGUGCUGUCGACUCCGAUAUCGAGGCUGCACUUCAGAAAGCGGAGACAGCUUCAAAUGAGAAGAAUAGAGCGACGGCUGUAGCGAUCAACGCCGAGAUCCGAAGAACCAAGGCCCGAUUGCUCGAAGAGGUCCCCAAACUGCAGCGAUUAGCUGUUAAGAAGAUCAAAGGGCUUUCUCCCGAAGAAAUUGCUACCCGUAAUGAUCUGGUCCUUGCCCUGCCCGAUAGGAUUCAAGCCAUUCCAGAUGGCUCUUCGGCUGCAGCUAAAUCAUCUGGGGGAUGGGGAACUUCAGCUCCUGCACCUCGAACAGAAAUCAAAUUUGAUUCAGAUGGGCGAUUUGAUGAUGAUUACUUUCAGCAAACCGAAGAAUCCAGUCAAUUCAGGCAAGAAUAUGAAAUGCGAAAAAUGAAGCAGGAUCAAGGAUUGGAAGUCAUAUCAGAAGGAUUGGAUACAUUGAAGAACAUGGCACAUGACAUGAAUGAGGAAUUGGAUAGGCAAGUUCCUCUUAUGGAUGAGAUUGAUACUAAGGUGGACAAAGCGACAUCUGACUUAAAAAAUACCAAUGUCAGACUCAAGGACACUGUUACUCAGCUGAGAUCUAGCCGGAACUUCUGCAUUGACAUCAUUUUAUUGUGUGUUAUUCUUGGUAUUGCUGCUUAUCUAUACAAUGUCCUGAAGAAAUGAAGUUAUGGCAAGUUUGAUGGAUCAACUGCAGUCGAAUUUUCUUGCUCUGUCGAAGAUCUCACGAUCAGCGCAGCUAUUUGUGAGGUAGGAUUCUAUUUGUGUGUUUGUUUUGUUGAAGAUAUUCCAAAUGCUGUUAUUGACAGGGGAGUUUGUGUAAAUGUCUACUUUCUGCACUGUUGCUUCAUCUCUUUGACAUUCUCUUGUGUUUGUUUGAUUAUGUAUGUUACCUCUGAUGAAAAUUAUUGGAUUUCGAUGUCGAGAAA